AGGUCUUCGGAGAUUCCUCUCAUUUUUCGAUUCUAUCAGUUCCAACGAACGUUUGACGACUCCGAGACAAACCAAUCCCAAAGUUUUCAUAAUUUAAAUUUUAUUUUCGUUAUUUCUUACCUCUUUGAACAUUACGUGUACCAUUUCCGGUGAUUUCCAUUUGAAUUCUAUUUUUGUAAUCCAUUUUUAUAGUUUUGUUUACCAUUUUGGUGGUCGUGAUGGGUAAAAAUCCACUGAAAUGGAAAUUAAGAAAUCUAGGGUAUCUUUUCAUCGGAAUUUUUGGCUUCUACAUGAUAUUUUUAUUCAAGAAAAAUCAUCAUUUCGUUUCUGAUUUCACCAUAAAAAACACAAGAGCCGAGAGCGUUUGGGAAUUCGUCGCUGAUUUUAGUAAUAUGAUUAAAUUAAAUCCAACAAUUGAGGAAUUCGAUAUUAUACAAGAGAGUGGUAAUUACGAUCACUGGAAAUACUCAGUUAAGUACAAAGAGCAUUUGCAUCACAUGCCAGUGAUAAAAAAUAUUGCACAGGGGCACUUCUCCAUCAGGCAGGACGGGAAUUCAUACAAAAUCACGUCGAAUCACCAGACGUGUUUCUUCGAUGGCUUCAAUUGUGUUAAUUCACUAUCGGAAUUCACAUUUUCGGAAGUCGGAGACGAUACUAAAUGCGUGGAAACCAUAAAAUACGAAUGUCCACUGGCAUUUUCACAAUUUUGCUACAGAGAAGUUGCGUAUCAGAGGAAUGAAAUUAUGAAGAGAUUAACGCGACACUUUUCAUUGGCCAAUAUUCACACAGAGGAAGAUAAAUAAGCCAUGACUGUAAUUAUGAUUUACUAAUUAUUUGUCUUUUUAUACACAAAUUUUUUUUAUACAAAAUUGUAGAAAUUAAAGAAGAGGUUUUUUUAAUGAUAAAAAAUCAAUUUGCAAUAACUUUUGGGUUUAGUGUAGAAGGAUAUCGGCUAAAAAAUUAUUUGGAAUUUUUUUAAUGUGAACUGAUGGCUAAGAAAUAUUGAAUAAUUGAAGUCACUAGCUAUUUAUGGUUUCUAUUAGCAUCAUUUGUAACAAAAUGGCGUGAUGACAAAAAUAUGAAUGGAUAUAUAAAUAAACUCUUUUUUAUGUAUAGAAUAAAUAAAGAAUAAUUUCGAAACUA